AUGGGUCUUUUUUCACAAUAUUUGUUACCGCAUGGACCCAGAUUAUAUGUUUAUGAGCUACACGGGAGCACACCAACGGGCGUAGUUCGCAACUAUACUCGCACUGCAGGAGUCAAAUACGCACAAGCAAACGUGUGUGCACGAUUAUACGUUGCAAAAAGUUUCAACAUCACUCCAAGCUUUGAUGCAUUGAGGAGAUUUUCUUACCUAAACCCGAAACAAAAACAGCAAAGCACUGCAGACAGGCAGGAAGUUCUGUCUUUGGAAGAACAAAGCCAACAACUCUUCUACUCUCUUGUCGCAGCAACUGUUGUAGUGGUGUACGACUAUGUACAAAAUAUUCCCUUGGAGCUGAGAUACUUUGGCCUGGCCUUUCCGAUCUUUACCCUAGACCUUUACUGGUCAUUGCAACAUUUUAAACAUUCCAGGUGUUUUGGCGUGUUUGUUCCCACCGAAAUUAUGGCCAUCGUACUACUUUUUCUUCUACAGGGUAUGAUGAUGGUGCGGGUGUAUGCACUCCUCGGAAAGACCAAAACAAUUAUCUACACGCUCUUGACAACCUUUGUUGUCACACAAGGUGUCAGCGUAACAUUACUCUGCAUCUUAAUAAGGGCUUCCUCUUUGGCUCCCGGCGAUUCAGACCUUUUUGGCUUUCACAUCUGCGAAGUUGAUGGUGACAUACCCCAGUCUGCGUGGAUACUUCCCGCAAAUAAUGCUGUCUUGAUAACAUACGAAACCUUUCUCUGUGGAUGUACAUUGUAUUACACAGCCAAACACGUCAAAACGUCUAUUCGGAGAAACCCGGCACGUUCUAUCCACAACAUUGCAUUGAUAGUUGCUCGUGACAAUCUGAUAUACUUCUUCAUCACGCUUUUUGGACCAUGGAUGAUCAUCGCACUCCGGAAGAAUUACAACACAAAGGGUCACGGGGCACCUUCAAAUGUGCACGAGCUGAGCACAAUUGCGUUUGAAGGACGUAACGCCCAAGUCGACAGCGAAUUUUAA